AUACACACACACACACCGAUCUACACAAACUUUUUUUUUGUUCUUUUGUUGCACUCCUGAGGAAAUUAUACGUAACCAAAGUCAAGAUCCGUAAAUGAAACCAUGCAGUUUUGCAUGUUAUUGAGCUAUAAUUAGCCAUGGCGCGCGCGCGGGGUAAUGUUAUGAGUGUUUGAGGACAGGAAGUGCAAAACCAGAUGAGCUGGUUUGCAGGAGGAGGAAUAACAAGCAGGGUGGAGUUAGAGAGAGAGAGAGAGAGAGAGAAUGAGAGAGAGAUUUACAGGGAGGAGAUUUUAGUGGGGAAAAAAAAACAGAAAAAGGAACAAACACUAAAGACAAUAAGAGCAGCGCGCGCAUCUUUAGUCUGGAAGUUUGGGUUGUUGUUGUUUUGCGCCAGGUUUCCGGCCGCAGACUUGCAAUAACGCACUCUGUUUCAAAAGUUUCAUUCGUCUUUCAGGUAUUCUGAUCUGCUCCGAAAUGAUCCCCUCGGCUCUGAAACCCACGAUGGACUCUUUCAACACCCUCAUGCGCUUCUUCUCCAACCAGAAGGCCAAAAUCGGAUAUGGUAUCAUGGCCAUCGCGACCAUCGGAGGAGAGAGGAUCUUCUCGCUCUUAUCCUUCCAGUGUCCGUGCAACGUCGAGCAGAACAUGGUCUACGGGCUCUCGUACCUGCUCGGACCGGCGCUCGUGCUCUUCAUCGUUGGGCUUUUCCUGAGCACGAGCCUGUGGCGCCUCUACACGGGCUGCUGCCUCAACCCCAGAAAGCUCUGUCCUCACAGGGCGAACUGUGUGGGCUGCUUAACUGUGCUUUUUAAUGUGAUUGUUGGAGCACUUGUGGCACCAAUCAUGUGGCUCAGCAUCGCUUUGCUGAAUGGCACGUUCUAUGAGUGUGCGGUGAGUGGUCUGGAAGACAAGGCACUCGUGAACUGGUUUUGUAAAAAUAGGACUAUCACAUGCAAGGACGAGUUGGCCAAAGUCUUGUGUGUACCGUCCAAUAUGGCGACAGAGAACUCCAAGGAGCUUCUGCGAAUACUACAAGCCCAGUCUCAGAUCCUCGGCUGGAUCCUGAUCAUGAGCUCUGCUUCGGCUGGUCUGAUUGGCACAUGUUACAAAAACUGCCGCUCUCAAGUGAGCUACCUGCAGCUCACUUUCUGGAAAGUGUACAUGGAGAAGGAGGCCGAGAAGUUUGAUUCGUUCACAGAGGAGUACGCCACCCGGCUGGCCGAGCGAAACCUCAAGAGCUUCUUCGAGAACAAAGACCCCGAGGCAUUUCCUUUUCCAAACCACAAAGCCUGGGAGCAUAUCUCGACCAUAUACACGUAUGAUCGCGGUGAGCAGUAUUAUAGCACGCUGCAGAGAUAUGUGGAGAAUCCUAAUCGUGACUACACUCCAGAGAAAAUGCCACUGGAAAUGGAACACAACAUUGGAUAGGCAUGGACCUCAACGUCAAUCAGUAAACAAUGUUUUACUUAUAUGGGGUUGACCUGUGGUUUUGGCUUACUGACUAGCUAGCAUUGGACCAAAGCUAGCAAGGAAAAAAAAAACAUCCAAAGUCUACAUGAAUGUGAGAUUUUAAAGGUCACAGUUGCCAAAGUGUUGGCAAAACAUCUUUUUUUUUUUCUUCGGGAUUGGUGACAGCCAUGUUAGCUGGGUCCUAUUGUGAUUGAACCACUUUUAAGAUACUUAAAUGUCCUUAAGCUUAAGCUGCCUAGAUUAACCACUAACUUAAAAUAACAGCAUUUAAGCAUAUUUUAAGCAUAAUUAAAAGACUCAGGUCAAAUGAUAUAAUUCAUGACUAUUUAAUGUACUUACUAGAAUGUCGGCCAUUUCAUUGCUCCGUCCUACGAGAAUCAAUUCUACAUUGAGUUUGCAAUACGCAUAACGUUACCUUUAGUUAAAAUGACAAAAAAUCUGGUCUUGACCAAAAUCUAGUAAUAUACAAAAUCCGGUAAUAUACUUUGACAUCACUACGUUAAGCAAACAGAAAUCUAUUUCAACAAAAUGUUUUUAUUUAGGUUUUAUUUAAGCUGUCUUUCACUGUGUAAGAAAGGGAAUGACUGUUUAUAGUUGUUAUAACGUAAGCGAUAACUUACUUUUUUCGCAUUAAAUUAAAUGAAUAAAUUACAUUAUCAGCGAGAUGUUGUGGUAUAAGAGGAAUAAAACUCUUCAGGACAUGCUGUUAUAAGAAAGUUAAAAACGUCAGGAUGGUAAAAGUAACUCUGCUUUGCGUCAGGCCACGUCUCUCCAUCCUGUUGUUGAUUGUUUUCCUAUAACAGCAUGACCCCUUAUAUGCUAUUGAUUUUGGUAUAUUAUAUCCAAUAUUAAUAUCAUGAUCCCUUUUUUCUGAGUGUUGUAGGGAUCAUCAGAUAUCAGUGCUUUUGUAACUUUUUUGUUACUUGUUAUAACAAAUAACUACAAAAAACCCACACAAUUGUGAAAUCGUUCCCUCCUUUUCCUUGUAAAAUUGUAUUUUGGGGGGGAAAUUUUGAUAAAAGAAGUCUCUGAACUUGAAGUUUUUCAUAUUUCUGUACUGUUUUGCUCAAUUUUCAUAUCAUGAUAUGAUAUUUAUGCCAUGUUUCCUACCCCUAUGUAGACAUGUCCCUCUGGGGGAGCCGUUAAACGUACUAUGUAGAACCCUUAAGCAGAGUAGUUCCUUAUUAGAAAGGGUUUAGGAAGCUAAGAACUGUUAACUAUACAAAUAACCUAUUGAACAAUCAUUUUUUUAUUGUACAGUAGACACCAUCUUAGCUGUUGAUGUGAGAUUCCAUUGUAAGCCAUUAGCUGUAACUUUAAUUUUUUACGUUUUAAGUUACAUAAGAAAUCACUAAACUACACGUCCCGUCACCUGUUUUCUAUUACUUGCACCUGUGUCUCAUUUCGCCCUGUGUUUUAGCACCUGACUGUCAAGCUUUUGUUGUCGUCGUGUUCAGGUAUCGUCUUAUGAGUCAUAGUCUCACUUACAGUCUGGACGUUUUUGCCUAGUAUCCUCUGUUCAAUUUUUGGUUCUUGUUUUCACAGUUUCUGGUUAUCGGUCUGCACUUAAUAAAAAUCUGCACUUGUAUCCGCCUCCACUACAAUUCUUUGACACUUUGAACUGAUUAGUAUUAUUAAAGUUAUUACAUUUAUUAUUGAGCUUCUUAGUUAUUAGCCUGUUUGACUCAACAUGCGGACUGAAUGGAUUUAAUCCAAACCUCAAUAAUUUAAAAAUAAUGCUGCCUAUAAAUAACAAAGAUAAUCUAAAGAUCAUUUUGAUAAAAAUCUGUUUGUGUGUGGAAAGAUCAGAAAUAGAAAGCUCCAAUAAAUAGCCAGACUAUAAUUGGACACUUAAAUAAUGAGCCUAAUGAUUGAAUAGUUGGAUUAUGCUCAUUAAAUAAAUCUGUAUUUAGGCGAUCUGCUGUUUUGUUUUUUUUUAUACACUUAACAGGGUCUAUGGUUCUGGUUUAGAAGACACCUUUAUGCCUCUAAAACAGUUGCCUACUAGAACAAGUUUUGAGCGACGGUAUCUUGAAAAGUCAAAGUUAACAGUGGUGCGCGCACAUUUCUGAUUUAUUUAAUUACUGUCUUUCCAUUGUUUCUUGUUCUUAAAUGACAGUUUUCCAACGUUAUUUCAGUGUUUUCCAGUGUUUUUUGGGGCAUCGCAGAAAGGUUCUCAUAAAAAAACCUUCCUUCUGAUACAGACCACGCCCACUUCCGGUUAAAUACAGAUAUUCAGAGCAUUAAACACAUACAGAUAGUGGUGUUGCGUUACAUCUCAAGUAUAUAGAUUUGAUCAUAAAAUCGAUAUGGGUUUGUUUUGCUGUUUUACUGUUAAUGUCGUGUAUCUUUAUUUAUCUACCAAGAGAAGAUAUUUAGCUACUUUGAUGCCAAACUGACAACCAAGGGAAAACUGAAAAACGUGACGUCUGACCAUUCAGCUGUAGUUAAAUUAAGCAUGUGAUACAAAAACUGAAAUCUCAAACACUUGCCUUAAUCACAGACUCCAAAUUCUAACAUAAAUUGAACAGUGCUGCUCCGUUAAAGAAGCUUCUCCACCUUUUACAUUUUACUUCAACCCUCAAAAAUCCAAUUUCAUUCAAUUCCAUGUAGGAAAUAAACAUGUUUACGUGUGUUAGAACCAGGGUGCCUUGGUAUAAAAAAACAAAAAAAACAGCAGCUCAGGAAACCCACAGUCUCCUCUCAUAACCACAGAUGAGAAGGAAAUGCCACUUACAUGGGUUUCGAUCAUCUGAGGCAUGAUUUACAAACUCUGCAGCAAGCAUUCUUCAGUAAAUAGAUGUUCAUGUGAAACAGUGGACAAUUUGACCGAAAAUAAAAUUUCAGUUUUGGCCCAACACAACAGAUUCAUGAGAUCCAAGUCGUUUAAAAUUUCAGGAGAAUGUAUGCAUUAUGAAUGCAAGAAGAAGCAGAUUUCAUUUUUAUUUCUGAAGUGUGUAAUAAGCAUGUUGUUUCUAAAACCUGUUGGGUUUGUUGUGUGAUGAAGAAACAGGAAAUGGCUCAUCUGGCGUUUUAUAACCUCAUGCAGACAGGAAGUGCCCACCCCAGUGCAUGUUUCAUUCAGCUGACGAAUGAAUUGGUUAAUAUUUGCAUAUGAAUUUGCUUUAUAUUAGGAGUGCGUCCUCUGCUGGCUAUCAUGCCUUUUUUUUUUUUUUUUUUUAAACCACAGUUGAUGAGACAGACUGAUCUGGGUGAUGCUUAAAAAAGCAAAGUGAGAACUCAAAGUGAGAACUCCUUUCCUGAUGUGAAAGUAUCACUCUUAAAUCUGGUCAGUAAUCUUGUUUUUCCAUGCAUAGAUUAGGUUAUAAAUGUAGAAGUGGGCAUCUUUACACUUAAAUGUGUUUUUCUCCCUUUACACUUUGGGUUUUUUUUAAAAAAAUGCUUUACUUGUGGUUAUGAUACAUGCAAAAGAGAAACAUAUUUCAGUUCAGGGAAGUCUGUAGUUUUCAGAACUAUAUGGUUUUAAAUAAUGUGGAUAAAUAUCUCAUCUGUGGAUAAAUAUCUGUGGAAAACUCUCUCAUCUGUGGAAAACUCUCUCAUCUGCGGAAAAAUAUCUGUGGAAAAAUAUCUCAUCUGUGGAAAACUCUCUCAUCUGUGGAUAAAUAUCUCAUCUGUGGAUAAAUAUCUCAUCUGUGGAUAAAUAUCUCAUCUGUGGAUAAAUAUCUCAUCUGUGGAUAAAUAUAUAUAGCUGUACGUUUUACUAAGCAUCUUGCAGAAGCAGCCACAGUUCCUCAGGAGACUAUUUCUGCAGCAAAAUCCUUCAUUAUGUUUUUGUCUGAAAAGUGUCUCUUAUGUAAUCUGCUGCUUUCUUUACUGACAUACAAACAUUUUUCUGUAACGGUUAAUUUUGUGCUGACAAACUAAUGUUUGGAAAUCGAAAAUGUUUUUGUGCUGAAUCAAUAAUGUAGAAGUCAUAAAAUAAAAAUCUAUAACAAAGUUUAUACUAAAAAAAAAGGUUGCAUAAGACUUUUGCACAGUACUGUAUAUAUACUGUAUUCAUCUCAUAGCUGACUGACUGACAGACUGACUGAUCAAACCGGAAGAACAUGACUUGGCUUUGCUAUAGAACUGUCAAGUGCUUCAGGUGCGUGUCCGAGAGUGUGUACGGUUCAUGAGGCCUGAUAGUCAUGUCCAAAACUGGUAAUCACCUCAUGAAACACUAAGCACUAACACUAAAGGGUUCACUUCCAGUAAAUCUCUGAUCUCUAUUUUGAAGAAAAAAAAAAAAAGAAAAGAAAAAAAGAUGCAAAAGUGGAUUUCUAAAGGACAAGCCCAACAGACGCAGAGAGAAAUUGGAAACAUAAAUCCCUCCUGCAGACAGACACAACUUCAGAUUUCACUGACGGCUGAACAUGGCAGUGGAGCUUUCGAAAGCCAGGCUUCGCCUCAUUAACGGUGUAAAUGAAGCUCUCCUUAAAGAUCUCAUUGAUGGUCUCAGGGAUGCAAACCCUCCGGUUCUUACUGGCAGAGAAGCAAAUGAGAUUCUGCAGGCUCACCGUGUGACAGAGGACAAGACUGGACUACUAGUAGAUAUGGUGUGUAAUAAAGGUGACACUGCCAGUACCAUUAUGAUGUCUAUUUUGGAACAAAAAGAUGUAAACCUUGCCAAACACCUUGGCUUUCUCCAGGACCAGCCAGCCAGCCAGCAAACACCACCACGUAUGGAGUUCAAUGAAUCCAAUCUUCGUUAAAAUAAUUUUUUUUAAGGGCUGGAACAAUGUGAACUCAACCGACCUUCCAAACAAGAAUGUGAAAGAAAUUUGACCUUCAUUGCUUUUACUCAUUAAAAAAAAAACUCAUGCCUUAGUCAGUAUGUUGUGGUACACAAAUUAAUAAAUAAAAUAAAAUACAUUUUGACAAACUGUUUAUAA